UUCCUCAGGGCAAUUCCUCGAGUCCCUUCCCUGAACAGAAACACGGGGGGGCGCCACUUUUCCAGCGAAUCCACCUACUCCCAUUCCUCCGCAGAGGAGACGCGGCAGGAUGCCACCGGCAGCACGCACUCCUCAGGCUGUCGCCCCACAUACAGAGAGCGCCGGUCUUGGCAAGAUUUAAUAGAAACUCCCCUGACCAGUUCCGGGCUUCACUUCCUCCAGACGGUGCCCCCCUGAUUCGGAGCAUGUGGCGGGCAGGAUGGGGAUGUCACCAGAAAGGCGCAAGCAAGCCACGCUACCAGUCCAGAGGCGCCAUAACCAUGAAAGAGAUGGGCCCUUCCCCCUGGCAGAGUGUCCCCGGAGUCACACGGCGCACGCCCGAACGCAGAAGCAGCGCAGCCAAAGCUUGCCGAGGAACAGGGAUGGUAGGGGGAAGAACCGAGGAAAUAACAACACAGAACUGUUAGAGGAAAAGGUGGAAGAGGAGGUACCGAAGAGGAAGCACAGCAGUUCCAGUAGAGAAGACAGCAAGAACGAGAACCGGUCCAGCACAGAUGGCCUGGAGGAGCUCUACAAGACCCUGGAACAAGCCAGCCUGUCUGCCUUUGGUGAGCAGCGACCUUCCACCAAGCAGGAGUUCAGGAGAUCAUUUGUCAAAAGAUGCAAUGACCCCAUCAUCAAUGAUAAGCUGCACCGCAUCCGAGCACUGAAAAGCACUUUAAAAGCAAAGGAAGGAGACCUCUCCGUAAUAAACUGCCUCCUGGACGACCCGGCUUUCUCAUCCAAGAAGUUUCAGAGACUGGAAACAAAAAAACUUUGAGUUUUUCAUGGAUAUUUGUGAGUACAGCGGAACCCUGAAACCUCAGAACGGUGCCUCCGAACUGGCCGCGCCGGCACCCCAGCUCACACACACGCACUCCUUUAUCGAAACGCACGUCUGA